GUUCGGGCUGGCACGGUUGUUGAGUUCGCUUCGAGCAAAGGGAAUUUGAAGCAAACAGAUGAUGCUGAGAGGCGUCGAGUUCAUUCCAUUGCACUUGCUGCUUGGCUAAACUAUUUGCUUGACGAUACGAAUGAUGGUACUGAGAGCAUGGGAUAG